CAAUCAAUGCGUGACAUAUGUGAAGAAGUUGCUGAUUUAUCUAAAAGUUUUUGUGCACAAAAAGUGCAAAUUAUUUCUGAUGUAAUUAAAAAGUUCAAGAAAUCAAAUUCUGAUUUUCCACCUUCGGAAAGAGAUUGGAUUAUUAGAAAAAUGAUGAUUUCAUACAUCCAACAGAAAUAUAAGAAAACUUUAGAUGUUCCUCCUAAUAUUGAAAAUGGUUUAGAUAACAUUGAAAAUGUUAAAAAUAGUUUAGAACUAAAUAACAAAAGAAAUGAAGAUAACAACGAAAAUGAAAACAAUAGUGGAAAUAAUU